UUCAUGAUCUGCUACCAGCAGAAUGGUAACGUGAAGGAAAUGUUUUCAAUGGAACGGAUGUGAAGGCGGAGUCUGUCUUUUCUUUUGGGACUUUAGGCAGAGAGUCACAGGGUAGAAUAUAUCUCUACCUCCAUAAUCUACAACAGACUAGUGAGAAACAUCUCAUCUGGUUCACUUCGCCUGAACUCUGCAAACGACCGAUCGUAAACGAGUGUCUACAAUGAAUCAGGAAACACUCUCCCUCCAACCCUCCUCCUACCUACCCCUCCCGGAGUCCCCGUGUCGUUCCUCUCCCGGUAGCCCCUUACUGCUGGGUCUGAAGAGGCUGUCCGUGCUGCUGGUCGACUGCAGAAGAACACUGGAGCUAAGGGACAGUCCUAACUGUCACUCUCUCGGUAGAAGGGGCUUGUCAUCUUGGGAGGCUAAACAUGAUGCUGAGGAAGCAGAGAAAAGUCUCUCCAGAUCAGAACACCUCAAGAAACAACAGCAGAGACCCACAAGGAAGAAAUCUCACUGCUGCUCUGACUGUGGGAAGAGUUACACCUCUUCAGUAGGUCUUAGAAGACACCAGAGAAUUCAUACUGGAGAGAAACCUCACUGCUGCUCCCAGUGUGGAGCUAGCCUCUCCUCUGCCAGUGCACUAGAAGGACACAUGCGGAUUCACACUGGAGAAACCCAUACCAGUGCUCAGAAUGUGGGCAGAGAUUUAAAGACUUCAGUAGUUUAUGGGUACAUGAGAGAAUAAAACACACUGGCGAAAACCCCA